CCGCGGGCGGCCGGGGCCUAUGUACCAAUGGCUGCUGGGGGUCCUCCGCGCCUUCCUCCCCGCCGCCCGCCGCCCCGCGCCGCCCCCGGCCCCGCCGCCGCGCAAGAGGCCGCCCCCCAGCGCUCAGCUACCUGUGGAAGAUCCUGACCAAACUGAACCAAAAAAGAAAAAAUCAGAUCUCUCUGAGCGUAAAAAGAAAGUUGAAGAAGUUUCUGCUGUGGUGAAGUUGCCAGCCAAGGCAACAAGUGAGCGCCAGAAGGCUUCAGUCAGCAAUGCCGCUCCAAUCGCAGAGUCUACAGAAGAGACUCAGUCCACUACUUCUGAUCCUUCAUCUAGAAGACCAACAGGUUCUACGCUAGAAGGAGAAAUGCUACAAAUUGAUACAAUGCCUUGUGGAACCAAUACUUGCUUGAAUAAGGAAACACUAUCCCUUUCUCACAAGACAAUUCCUUGUCUGAGCACGAGCAGGAAUGGCAAACACCACGUGAAACUUGCUCCAGACAGCAUCUUAACACCAAGGCCACCCAUUAAGGAGCGCGCUCUGCCAGAAUCCACGACUUCCGAAGUCAGCAAAAUAGGGAGGCUUUUCUGUACUGCUGAAGAGGAUGUUCAACGAGGAGAAAAGGAGAAAUACAAACAGCUCUUGGAACUGGUAAAGGGAAAAUAUCCUAGAAGCCGCUCUAAUCCGCAGUCGACAAGCUUCUGCAAUGUUCAAGCCUACUCCAAGGAACCAGUGAUGACUGGGGGUCACCUGGAAGAACAAAAAUAUGGAGGAGAUGCCUUUCCAUGUAUGACACUAAGGACCAGUGAGUAUCCCCAUGGUAUCAAAUGUGCAGAUGUUUGCAGCCCACAGCGGUCUCAGAAAAGUGAUGCAAUCAGGUACUACACACCAGCAGAAAACUCUCAUGAACAGGGAAGACCAGUGAAACAAGCCAUUGUGGGGAGACAGUACGGAGCUGAAGUCUCAAAAGAGGUGUUGUUCCAAUUACAUCUGGGACCUGUUCUGUCCAGAAAGUCAUCUGCCACUGAUGUGGAAGAAAAGAAAUUCCCAAGCUCAGAAAAAACAGUAGAACACUUUGCUCCGCUCACAGAGGCCAUGGAGAGAGAGGUCAUUGCUGCGUUUGGCAAAGGUGAGCCAGACGAGAUCAUGAGCAGUGCCUUCAAACUAAAGGUCACUCGUGAGGACAUCCAAACGCUAAUGAACCUUUGCUGGCUAAAUGAUGAGGUCAUUAAUUUCUACAUGACUCUUCUGGUGGAAAGAAGUAAGAAGGAGGGAUAUCCAGCAGUCUAUGCUUUUAGUACUUUCUUUUAUCCCAAACUCGUUUCUGGGGGCUACAAAGCAGUAAGAAGAUGGACCAGAGGCGUAGAUCUCUUCAAGCAGGACCUCAUCUUAGUGCCCAUUCACUUGAGAGUCCACUGGGCACUAGUGGUCAUAGAUGUCAGAAAGAAGACCAUCAAAUACUUUGACUCGAUGGGACAAAAAGGCGACAAGAUUUGUGAAAUUUUGUUCCAAUAUCUGCAAGAAGAAAGCCGGGAAAAAAGAAAUCUGGAGCUGACUUUUUCGGAGUGGACUCUUCGCAGCAUGGAGCCACAUGAAAUCCCUCAGCAAUUGAAUGGAAGUGACUGCGGGGUUUUCAUGUGCAAAUAUGCAGAUUGUAUCUCCAGAGACAAACCGAUAACCUUUACACAGAAUCACAUGCCUUACUUCCGCAGGAAGAUGGUGUGGGAAAUAAUCCAUCAGCAGCUGCUGUGAGACAUGCACUAUUGGAGUAACACUGUGAUCACCUCAGGGUGACUUAACUCUUAUUUUAGUUACUUUUCUAAUACCUUAUUUGAAAAGACAGCAGGCACACAAAUUUUCCUCUUUAGGUUAUGAAGUAGCGGUUAAGUUGGUUUUGUUCUCCCCCCCCCAAAUUGUGGAGACAGUAACUCUCUUUGAAAUUAGCUAAUGCACCUUAAGUGCAAACCAGAAAGACUGCUGUGACCUCGCCAAGGGGACGGUUAAGAACAAAUGCUGUGAACCUCUAUCGUCGCGAUGGAUGCUCAGACCUCGCAGCCCAUGUUACAGGCAAAUGGGACUCUCACCUGGUAACAGUUGUGGUAGCUCAACUGAUCUUCCCAAGGACAACGUGCUUAGCUGCUGUUUUUUCAAAGAGAGUUUUGUUCUGUUUCUGGAAUAUCUACAAUCUACUUGAUUCCUAAAACUGGAUUUGUGAUGACCAUAAAAAAAAAAAAAAGCUUUUACCAUCUUUUGAUUUGUAACAAAUCCAUAGUGAAGCCCCUGUAGUUGGGGUUGGUUUUGUUGCUUUGUUUUUCUCUGUCUCCAGGGAGUUAUCUAAUGUGAAAAGAGAAAUAUUUAUUUCUUUUUAUUAAAAUAAAUAUAUAAAUUAUAUAAAAAGAGCCUUACUGGAAUG